AAAAAUAGAUGAUUGUGAUUAAGAUUAAAUGUUUGUUUUAACUACUGUAAAUGAAAUCUGGUGCGAAGGAAAAUAUUUCAUUGCAUUCAUAGCCAACAUUGGGCUGAUCGAUUUGGGUGAUGAUGUUAGUCAACAGGUGUGCCAUUUGGGGCAGUCCAUUUCUAUGCCUUGGCAUUUCAAUUACAGUACAGGCUGAGGGUGUGGCUUACUGUUAUAUAUACAUGUCUGUGGUUGCAUGAGAUCACAGUUCAGCUGGCAGUCUUAACUAAAAGAACAAUACUGAAUAAUAAAAGAAGAACUGCAAGAUGACUAAAACGACAAAACAACAAAGCCGUGCUGGUGGUUCUGCCGAGGGGCCUUCUGGGGGUGGAACAGGAUCAAGGCUGGGCUUCCUGGGGGACUCUGUCUACUUCAUGGCAGUUGCCCUCCUGACAUCAAAAAGGAGCAGAGAUCCAAACACACAGGUGGGAGCCUGCAUUGUGAACCAGGAAAACAAGGUAGUGGGGGUAGGUCACAAUGACAUGCCCAAUGGCUGCGAUGGCCAACUGUCUUGGGGACGGUUCCCCAAGGAUGGUACUGGCACAGAUACACAAUGGGUGAAAUCCAAGGACCCCUAUGUGUGUCAUGCUGAGCUGAACGCCAUCAUGAACAAGAACUGCGCGGACUUGAACGGCUGCUCUAUGUACGUGACCCUGUUCCCCUGCAACGAUUGUGCCAGGCUCAUCGCCCAGGCAGGUAUAAAGGAAGUGGUCUACCUGUCAGACAAGUAUGGUGACAGAAAGGAAACUCUUGCCUCCAAACGCCUAUUCGACAAGGCGAGGGUCGUGUACAAGCCGUUUGAGGGUGCGGGAAAUCCGAUCACCCUCAAUUUUUCAUGAAAUGAACGCUGGCAGCCGUCACCUGCGCACCUUAAUCCUGCCGGAGCUCUAAUUGCCUUCUUCACUCCUGGAUCAAAUUAAUCACCGCAUAUUCACCGUUUGAUUGCUUCUCUUUAGCCUAGCAAACUACUUAAUCAAAUUCAAUCAUUACAGACCAAGGGUUAAUUAGCCACUGGUUGGUUGGUGUAAUUUUACUAAAUCUGAAAAAAUAGAUUUUAUGAAUGAUUAUGUAUUUAUCCAAGCUUUUGAUUUCUUGAAUAAACUACCGCUAAACUUCAA